AGCUGUUGGACAGGACAGGAACCACUUUGACUGCUCACUGCUGUUGACUUACUGUAACGGAAAACUUGCAGCCAUGAAGAGAUCUUCCAGCAAAUCCAAAGAGUGCACCUUUAAUGCAGAGGAUGGCUACGUGAGGAUGUUCCUCCGAGGUCGUCCUGUCACCAUGCAUAUCCCUGACCAGCAGAGGGAAAGCUACAGCCUUGACCAAAAGGUGGCGCUGCCUGACCGCAAGCUCAAACUGCAGUGGGUGUAUGGCUACCGUGGACGUGACUGCCGCUCCAACCUCUACCUGCUGCCCACAGGAGAGAUCGUCUACUUCAAUGCCUCUGUGGUGGUGCUGUACAACACAGAGGAGCAGCAGCAGAGACACUACCUGGGCCACAACGAUGACGUCAAAUGCCUGAGUGUGCAUCCUGACAUGGUUACCAUAGCAACGGGGCAAGUGGCUGGAAACUCUAAAGAUGGAAAGCUGCUCGCUCCUCAUGUCCGUGUUUGGGACUCUGUGAGCCUCAACACACUCCAUGUGAUCGGGAUGGGUGUGUUUGACAGAGCUGUCACCUGUGUGGCUUUCUCCAAGUCGAACGGCGGCACCUUCCUCUGCGCUGUGGAUGACGCUAACGAUCACAUCCUGUCAGUCUGGAACUGGCAGAAGGAGAAGCAACUGGCCGACGUCAAGUGCUCAAAUGACUCUGUGCUGGCCGCUGUGUUUCAUCCCAUGGAUGCCAACCUGAUUGUCACCUGCGGAAAAUCUCACAUUAACUUCUGGACCAUGGAGGGCAACACUCUCACCAAGAAACAGGGCCUGUUCGAGAAACAUGAGAAGCCAAAGUAUGUGUUAUGUGUGGCAUUUGCUGAGAAUGGAGAUGCCAUCACAGGAGACUCCAGUGGAAAUAUCUAUGUCUGGGCCAAAGGUGGUAAUCGCAUUAGCCAGGUGGUGUCUGGGGCCCACGAGGGCGGGAUUUUCUCUGUUUGUGUCCUGAAGGACGGAACCAUGGUGUCUGGAGGAGGGAAGGACCGCAAGGUGGUGCUGUGGGACCACGACUACAGGAAACAAGCCGAGAUGGAGGUGGGUGAGUCGCUUGGUCCUGUACGGGCUCUGGCUGAAGGAAAACCUGGAGAGCUCUUUGUAGGAACCACUAAGAACGCCAUCGUGAGAGCUGCCUUCCCUGACACGUUAACUCCUCUUGUACAGGGUCACACAGAUGAGCUGUGGGGUCUGGACAUCCACCCCUCCAUGGAGCAGUUUGUCACCUGCUCGCAGGACAAACAGGUUCACCUGUGGGACACCAACUCCCAUCAGCCCCUCUGGAGCAAGACCAUCGAGGAUCCAGGGAGGUCUGUAGGUUUCCAUCCCAGUGGAGCCGUUCUGGCUGUGGGGACCAUGACUGGAAGGUGGUUGGUGCUGGACGCUGACACCCGGGAUCUUGUUUCUAUGCACAAAGACGGCGAUGAGAUCAUUUCCAACGUCAAGUACUCUCCAGACGGUAACUUCCUGGCUGUUGCUUCCCAUGACAACUUUGUUUACAUCUACGCUGUGACCGAGAAUGGCCGAAAGUACAGUCGCGUGGGGAAAUGCACUGGCCACUCCAGCUUUGUCACCCAUCUGGACUGGUCUACAGACAGCCAGUACCUCGUCACCAACUCAGGAGACUACGAGAUCCUCUUCUGGGAGGCAUCCAGUGGUAAACAUGUGACCAACAUGGACACAGUGCGCAACCAGGAGUGGGCCACUUCCACCUGCACUCUGGGCUUCAACACCUUUGGGAUUUGGCCUGACGGAGCAGACGGCACAGACAUCAAUGCCGUGUGCAGGUCACACGACGGAUCCCUGCUGGCCUCUGCUGAUGACUUUGGCAAAGUGCACUUGUUCUCCUUCCCCUGCUCUCAACCAAGGGCUCCAAGCCAUGAGUACGGUGGCCACAGCAGUCACGUGACCAACGUUGCCUUCCUGCACGAUGACAGUCACCUGAUCUCCACUGGUGGGAAAGACACCAGCAUCCUGCAGUGGGUGGUCUAGCUACGCACCUACAUCUCUAA